CACACACCUUCGAGCAUGCUCGUAAGAGAAAGGAGCUGUGCAGUUCUGAGGCACCCGCGUUUGUUAUGAAAUGCCAUGAAAGCGUUUCCUCAUCUAAAUUAUCGAAACAGCCACCAAAUAAAUCUUUACCUUUUGCGCCCGGAGGUGGAUUCAACAGUGGCGAUAGUGACGCCUUCGAGGCUACACAACAAGCUGGCUACAGUAGCUCUCUUAAUUCUCAUAUGGUCACUCCGUCGAUAACGUCUCUUGAUGCUCCCUUCAUUCCCAGGGCGUCCAUCAGCGCCAACGCUGCCCCAUUCAUCCCUGGGUUUAACGCUAGUAGCGCUCCGGAAGGUCACCCCCAGCGAAACGCUGCACUUCCUAUUAAUGGCGACUUUUCACUUGGUCUCUCUGAACUGUCGGCAACGACGAUUCAAUCGGAAGAUAGUUUGACUGAUCGUCCCGAAACAAGUUCAUACCCUGGUCCUUUCAAUAUGCAUAAUGGAGUCAACAUUGCUUCUGUACAGAAUAGAGUGAAAGACGUGCUGUCUUCAGGGACAUCUGAACACGACCUGCUCUCGGCCAGCUUUCUUUCCAAGGAACUUCUAACUCCACCCCAACGACAUGGGCGCGUUCAGCACGGCCACGCGGUGCCUAGUUUCCAGGGAGGGGGACAACUUCCAAGGGUGAUUAAUGAAUACCAUUCACUGGUGCCCAUAGGGCAAAAGGAUGUGACGAAUAACUCGAUAUCGUCAAGGUCACGAUUAGGGAUAGUGAAAGGCGUAAGCUUUGUAGAUGGGAAGGAGUAUGUCAUUCGGCAGAUUCAACAUAUCUACCCAAGUCCAGAGGUCAGUGCAAAGGCAAAGGAAGUGGUUAAUAACUGGUCAAGUUUGGUGAACCAUCCGAACAUUGCAGCGAUCCGUGCUAGUUUUGUAAGUGCAGAUAACGGGGUGCCAGCGUUAUAUCUUUCAUAUGAUUAUCAUGUGACCGCUGUCUCACUCAAGAGUUUGCACUGUUCUAACGAGGGUUGCAAAGCUGCCACUGAGCCACAACUAUGGUCAUAUGCAACUCAGCUUUGUUCUGUUUUACGGAGUAUUCACCGGUGCGGUUUAUCAGCUGGAGGUGCUGUCUCUCUGAAACCAAGUAAAAUUCUUCUCUGUUGUGAUGGGCAGUCCAACCACGACAGCGGAGUGGUUGUCAGGCAACGCUUACGAAUAGCAGCUGUUGGUCUUGUAGAUGCCCUCUAUCCAAAUAAGAAUAGAACUGCUGACACAAGCACGUCUCAACGUCGUCGAAGAGAUGAUCUAAUUGCUGUCGGGCAGCUUCUUGCUGUGCUUGCAUGCGGUCCCUCCCAGGUGACUUCCUCAGAUGUAAUUGCUCUUGCGCAAAAGUUCUGCUCUAAGGCACUUGGACAAGUUAUUUCUGACCUUGCGUUCGGCCACAUUUCUGACAGUAAGAUGCUCAGCCAGCUACUGGCACCAGCAGCUUUCGAUGCCUUACAUGCUGAACGGAUCAUCAACGACCAAUUUAGAGUGGAGUUUGUGAAAGAAGUUGAAAACGGACGACUUCUUCGCAUUCUCACCAAGUUAGCAUUUGUGAACGAGCGACCGUCCGGCAGAUUGGAUACCAAUUGGGCUGAAACUGGAGACAGGUAUAUUUUAAAGCUUUUUCGUGAUUAUUUAUUUCAUCAAGAUAAUGAAGACGGUUCACCCAUUCUAGACUGGGGUCACGUAUUCGAUUCCCUGAAUAAAGUAGACAUCGGUGUUCCAGAAAAAGUGAUCCUCCUUUCACGCGAUGAGUUGUCAAUGCUAGUUGUCAGCUACGCAGAUAUUAAGGCUUGCAUUGCAGGGGCAUAUGCCGACCUCAUUAAAGCUUCUUAA